CCCUACAUAAACCCUGAAACUUCUUCCCCAACCUUCCUACUUUACCUGUUUCUCCUCUUUAUUAUUAUUAUUAUUUUUUUUUUGAAAAGAAGAAGAAUAAGAAUAAGAAGAAGAAGAAGAAGAAGAGUAGCAAAUGGGAAAUGCAAUUGGAGGGUUGUGGAGAGCGGCGACUGCUGCAGAGGAGGAAACCUGUAUUUCUUGUUGAUCAAGCCAUUUUACCAAAAACCUUUGAAAUCUCAUUAAAUAUCUCAUCUUGCCCAACACCCGCGCCCCCCUUUCUCAAAGCUGCGAUUCUGUAAAAACAACAGAAUCAAAGUAGUCAUCAAGUAUUACUUAACAAGAAAGAGGGAUGACAAGAAGCAGUGCUACUGUGUCUGGACUAUUAUCGGCCAUUGCUUCUGCAGCUUUUGGUGUAGACCGCGCCUAUUGCGAUGGCCCAUUCAAUUUCUCUCCUUUUUCUACUUCCUCUACUACUUCAACUGCUGUUCCUCCUCCUCAGACUCAAUCCCCUGGUGCCAAGACCCCUCAGCCCCCUCCUCCAGAACCGACCAGGGUUCGCAAUGAUUAUCCCAGAACUACUUCCGCUGGCUUCGAUCCCGAGGCUUUGGAAAGAGGUGCAAAGGCUUUAAGGGAAAUUACUACCUCCUCCCAAGCCAAAAAGGUCUUCGAGGUGAUAAAGAAGCAAGAAGAGACAAGGCAUUCUGAGUUGGCUGCCAAAGCAGCUGAGUUUAAGGCAUUACAAGCACAAUCUGAAACUGAGAGGCAAAGGGUAGUCUAUGAUGAACAGAAGAAGUUAGCACAGCAACAAGCACAGAUUAAGUCUCAGAUGGCCCGUUAUGAGGAUGAGUUGGCUAGGAAAAGGAUGCAGGCAGAAAAUGAACAUCAACGGGCCCGAAACCAGGAGUUAGUCAAAAUGCAAGAGGAAUCAUCUAUGAGACAAGAAGCAGCCAGACGAGCAACUGAAGAACAAAUUCAAGCACAGCGUAGGCAAACAGAGAGGGAGAAGGCUGAGAUAGAACGAGAGACUAUCAGGGUGAGAUCUAUGGCAGAAGCAGAGGGAAGAGCCCAUGAAGCAAAACUUGCUGAAGAUGUCAAUAGAAGGAUGCUAGUUGAACGUGCUAAUGCAGAACGAGAAAAAUGGGUUGCUGCCAUCAACACAACAUUUGAUCACAUUGGAGGUGGCUUGAGGGCAAUACUAACAGACCAAAAUAAGCUGGUUGUAGUAGUUGGGGGUGUGACGGCCCUUGCAGCUGGGGUCUACACUACAAGAGAAGGUGCGAAAGUUAUCUGGAGUUAUGUUGACAGAAUAUUAGGACAACCCUCACUGAUCAGAGAAUCUUCCAGGGGUAAAUACCCGUGGUCAGGCUUGUUUUCCCGCUCGAUGAGUACUAUCUCUCAUGGUGCUGGUAAACAAUCUACUUCUCAAAGAGGAAAUGGGUUUGGUGAUGUUGUUUUAAACCCUUCUCUUCGAAAACGAAUCCAGCAGUUGGCUAGUGCAACUGCAAACACGAAAUCACAUCAAGCACCAUUCCGAAACAUGCUUUUCUAUGGCCCUCCAGGAACAGGAAAGACGAUGGCUGCAAGAGAGCUUGCUCAGAGAUCUGGUCUUGACUAUGCAUUGAUGACUGGAGGAGAUGUUGCGCCACUGGGGUCGCAGGCUGUUACUAAAAUACAUCAGUUGUUUGAUUGGUCGAAAAAGUCGAAGAAGGGUUUAUUGCUAUUCAUUGAUGAAGCAGAUGCAUUUUUGUGCGAGCGGAACAAAAUAUAUAUGAGUGAAGCUCAAAGGAGUGCUCUCAAUGCCCUUCUGUUCCGCACAGGUGACCAGUCCAAAGACAUAGUUCUUGCUUUGGCAACUAACCGUCCAGGAGAUCUUGACACUGCUGUGGCUGACCGCAUUGAUGAAGUUCUGGAAUUUCCUUUGCCUGGUGAAGAUGAACGCUUCAAGAUGCUCAAGCUCUACCUUGACAAGUAUAUAGCUCAGGCUGGAGAAAGAAAAUCAGGCUUGUUCUCCAAUUUCUUCCGCAAGCAACAGCAAAAGAUAGAGAUCAAGGGCUUAACAGAUGACAUUUUGAGGGAAGCUGCUGCAAAGACGGAGGGCUUUUCAGGAAGGGAAAUUGCAAAGUUGAUGGCAAGUGUUCAAGCUGCAGUCUAUGGUAGUGAAAACUGUGUGUUGGAUCCAAAUUUAUUUCGAGAAGUAGUGGAUUAUAAAGUUGCUGAACAUCAACAGAGAAGGAAAUUAGCUACUGACGAGGGAGGGAAUGCUUGAUGGACUGGUAAUUUAUUUGACGAAUUAGGAAAUGCUUGAUGGACUAGUAAUUUAUUCGACAGAAAAAUUACUUGGUCCCCAUUUUUUUUUACUGGGUAAUUUGUUCUCAUUUGUUUUGUCCUCAGUAGAUGAGGCAGUUUUGGAGCAGUGUAACUUCCGGGCCAAUUAAUACCAAUCAUGACGUCUCCUGUUUAGGGCUACUGAAUAGGUUUACAAUAUUGUUGCUACCCUUCUCGCCCGUUCAUCACUUCCAAUAUAAUUUUAUCAUUGCCCAUUACUGGAAA